AUAUAAAUUAGGGGUAAAACGGGAACUCAAGGUAAAUAAAUUUCUCUGAGGACAACGGAUAAGCCGAUAAGGUAACGGCCCUUUUCAAGUUGGCACUUAUCAGUUGUGGGGAGGGAGGGGAAGUGGGAAACCAAAGAGGAAAAUUCUUGAGAAUGGCAAGCUCAGCUUUGCUCUGGAGUUCUUUCCUAGGGUCUGGCCAACCCCUUUCGGCAUCAGUGGCAGCGAGGCCUAAUCAAGCUUCAUAUCCAAGAUUUGUGAGGAUCGAGGCCAAAGUCAGAACUAGACGUGAAGACAGGAUUGCACGCCAUAUCCGCAUCAGAAAGAAGGUUGAAGGAACUCCAGAGAGGCCAAGGUUGUCCGUCUUCCGUUCCAACAAGCAUCUCUAUGUCCAGGUGAUUGAUGACUCAAAGAUGCACACGUUGGCUUCAGCUUCAACGAUGCAGAAAUCCGUCUCUGUCUCUGAGGAGUUUGACUAUAGUUCUGGUCCUACCCUUGAAGUAGCAAAGAAAGUGGGUGAAAUCAUCGCAAAAGCAUGUCUAGAGAAAGGGAUAACUAAAGUGGCCUUUGAUCGAGGUGGAUACCCAUAUCAUGGACGUAUACAAGCUCUUGCGGAUGCAGCUCGGGAGAAUGGCCUUCAAUUCUAAGCUGUAGUUGGUUAGUUUGUUCUGAGCGUUAUUUCUUUUUGAGCUAACUUUUUGCUGGAAGACGCAUUAUUUGUGGAUGAGACUUUUUUUUUAUUUGAAAAUGCAUUAUGGGAAGUCUCUCUGUUCUCUUUGUCAAUACCUUUUGUCUGAAUUUGAAAAUAGUUAUUCAAAUUGGAUUUGAUGGUGCUGAUGAUCAGAAACUCAGAAUCAAACUUGCACUACA